AUGAAGCCACCGGCUCGAUCCCAAAACCGCAGUGACUCGCAGGCCGCGUCAAAGGACCAGAAAUCUAACCUAGAGACUCAGACCUCGUUGGCGCCACCUCCACGACCGGGUGCGCCUACUGCGUCUGAUACUCCGGACUACUUCAAUUCCAUGCACAAUCCUUUCUCCCUCGAGCCCAAUCCAUUUGAGCAAUCCUUUGGAGGGAAUCCGGCCGACACCCCAGGCAAAUCGCUUCUUCCCUCGGUGGCUGCCCUGACUUCACCGGCCUUACCUGGCACCAGUUCGUCAAGUGGUUACAAUUGGAACAACUCCCUACGCGCGGGUCCUCUCAGUCCGGCUAUGCUCCCCGGGCCCACUGGCCCCAAUGACUACUUUGACAGCAUCGGUCGCGGCUUCCCUACCCCGAACGAGUCCUCCCUCCGCACGGGACUGACACCGGGGGGUGGAGGCUCUAUGUUCCCGGCCCCCAGUCCCAACUCACAGGCGCUCUUGCAACAACUUCAGAACGGUGGCGCCACUCCUUCCACCAUUGAUUUCCACCGCACCGCACUUACAGCGAAGAAGAACAAUUCAAAUGCUCCCACCUCCAACCCCAAUGAGCAGGACCAGGCGGCUGUCAAUAUGGAAGUAAAGCCAGCUCGGCCGGCUGACUUCACUCAGCAUGACGCGGCAGAUGCGGCGAACGGACUGUUCAUGCUGGCCAAGGGUGGCCAGGCCAACAAUGCGCCAAUGAACCAUGCCCAAAUGUCAAAUGAUGCUCGAUCCGCAGCUGCCCGACGUGUCUCCCAGAACACCAACGGUACCAGUGUUGGGGAUGCAUCUGAUCGUGAAUCCGCCAAACCCGCCAAGGGUAAGGGCAAAAAGAACACCAAGGGCUCCACCAAUAACCGCCGCAAGGCCGAAGAGGCCCCGAAGGGUUCCAACAAAAGGGCUAAACCCAACAUGGAUAUGCCUUCGGAUAUGGAUGACGAGGACGAAGACGACGAUGAUAUGAAGCAAUUCCCAAUGGAUACCAAGAAGAUGACCGAUGAGGAGAAACGACGCAAUUUCCUAGAGCGGAAUCGUGUCGCGGCUUUGAAAUGUCGUCAACGGAAGAAGCAGUGGCUGGCUAACCUUCAAAACAAGGUGGAGCUUUUCACCUCAGAAAAUGAUGCCCUUACUGCGACGGUGACUCAACUACGUGAAGAGAUUGUCAACCUCAAGACUCUUUUGCUGGCACACAAAGACUGCCCGGUCUCCCAGGCUCAAGGGCUCGGUCCCCUUAUGAUGAACGGCAUGUCAGCCGGAUACGAUCACCACGGGUAUAACAUGCCGCCCAACAUGGGUAUGCAGGGCGGCAUCCCUACUCAGGGCAUGCGUCGGUGA